AUGAAGAAGGCUGUAGAAUCUAAUGUAGCAUUCUUUUUUGCAAAAAGCAGAGGGUUCGAUUGUGUUACUUCAACCCUCUAUUAUGUGCCACAUAGUCCACUUACAUUGUGGUGCGAAUCAAUUGCUCUCAGUGAUCAUCUCAAGGUCGAAUUUCGAAGGUCAGUUCAAAGCACAAAUGCUAGAGGAAAAGAAGCCGAUAAAGCGCUGAACGAAGUAGGAGAAAACCAUACAGAUUAUUUUUAUACACCCAAUAUUUUUAGCGAGCUCCACGACAUUUAUUUAGGAACCCAAAAUUACAAUGUGCAUAACAAUCUUACUGAACAGGAGGCGAUACAUUUGUUACAACAGCAAGUGGAUAUAUGGAAGGAGAAGUUACACUGCUCAGACGGAGAUUUAUAUUUCGCAUUCACUACUCCUGGAAACUGGUGCCAUGAAACAAGAGAAAAUUUUUUUCGACCCCUCACCAUGAAAGCUAAUCUCAUCCACAAAGAUGAUGGUCAAGGUAGAUUGAUUUUUCUUACGGAAUUAGAGGCAACUUUUCGAUAUAUUCAAACUUGCAAAAACCGCUACAGAAAUGAAACUGUGUUUUCCAAGUUGGGGAUGAAAAAUGGCAAAGAAUAUAUCAUAUAUAGAAUAAGUGUUAGAGAAAGCGAAGCUAUAAUCGUAGCUGAUGUAAAUUUGGAAAUAGUUUCAGCUCGUUAUCUUGCUUUAGAUUCAGCAGACAGCAACUAUAUCCCACAAUCAUUAAAAGAAGCAACUUUUUCGCUGCCGUUUAUAUGGAAGGAAGCACAAUCCUCGCUUACGUCAUUUAUGAUAAAGCGUUAUAAUAUCAUGCUAUCAUCAGAUGUUGGACGGGAUUCUUCGAUAGAUAUUCACCGCGUAUUCAUAGUUCCCGUUAUUCCAAGCCUGCAAGAAAUAUUGGAUAAGGAACAAUGCUUUCUGGAUGAAGCUCAAAUCCACGUAAUUCAAUCUUUAAGUAUCGGAGAGCUAUUAGACAAUGCAUUCAAUUCUGCUAAAACCCUAUUUUUUCUUCAAAUGGAUGACAUUCUCGAGGGUAUGAACAACGCAAAAGAAAGAUCGAUGAUAAUCUUGACGGUUGACAAUCGCAAUGAUUCAUAUCGUGAUCAAUCAGCCAUCAUCAAUAUUUUCUGUAUUUGGGUCGAAAAAUACAAGACAUAUCUGAAAAAUUCCGUUAAAGUAUACAUGACCGAAUAUAAUUUUAGUUUUAAUGUAAAACUUGAAGAAUAUGCACUGUUUGACCCGAUUAUACUACCGAGCAAUGCGUCGAAAGAACUUCCAGAAUGCUCUUCAAAGUCUGUUUACUUGCUGAACAUAGACAUUUCCCCCACACAACUCAGGAGUGCAGUUACAUAUUUCGAUGAGAACAGACUGGUUAAACAGAUAAACACUAUUGAAUGGUAUUUGCUUUAG